AUGUCUACACAACCUGAUCCUUAUAAAAUUCUGGGUGUCGCCAAGGAUGCUCUAUUACCCGAAAUCCGAUCUGCGCACCGAAAGCUCGUCCUCAAAUGUCAUCCCGACAAAGUUCAGGACCCAACAUUAAAGGCUCAGAAGCAGGACGAGUUCCAGCGGGUCCAAACCGCCUACGAGCUACUGGCCGACGAGAAGGAGCGGAAACGCUACGACGAUCAGGCCAGGCUCGCGGAAUUGCGAGAGCAAAUGCGAGCCAAGACAGCUGCAAGUGCAUCAAGUCGCCAGGCAGCAGCAGCCGCAAGCCCCUCGGCAAGUCGACCUACACCUACAUCAACCGCAUAUAAAUAUGAAAUCCACACGCCUGAGCGCAGUUAUAAGUCUCCCCGACAGCCUUCACCUGGCCCCAGGGGAUACUCUUCAUAUUCGCGUUCUUACGAGGAUGACCACCAUCGCGCUGCUGAUAUCUUUGAGGGAGUACGAACUGUGAGGAGGGAGAAAUCCUACCAGGACAAAACUUCAAGACGUGAAGAGAGGGAAAGAGAGGACAGAGAACGAGAGAAGGAGUACGCGCGAAAGAUGCGCGAGCGGGAGAAGGAGAAGGAAAUUGAGCGUCAACAAAGAAGAAAAGCCGACGAAGCCAUUCGACGUGCCGAGAAGGAAGCCAAGGAGGCCGCCAAAGAAGCCCGACGCGCCGAGAAGAAGACUCGCGAUAAGUCUCGCAAGCGGGAGACGGAGAGCAAGAAGACAAAACCUUACAUCGAGACCUUUGAUAGUGAACCCGCCUCAAAGUCCGACAAGAAGAAGUCGAGCAAGAAGCACGACGAGAAACGCGAGCGAGAUCGAUCAACGCAUCGUGAGGAGGUUGUUCCUCCCGCUACCAACUCGAUGCCCCCGCCUCCUAUUCCUACUCAGUACCAGAACGAAUAUUUGAGCAAGGCUGAUGCUGCGUUGAACUAUAUCCACGCCUCUCGAAGCAAGGUUCCAGCAUCUUUUGCUCGACAUGUGCAGCCUCCUGCGCCCACUCCACCUCCUGUGGGCUCGCCUUUUGCUGCUCCUACCGAAGAAGACGACGCUCGGCGAGCAGCCGCUAAGCCUAGACGCAAUUCAGCUGGCGAGAAGGUUUACAGCAAGCCUGAGGUCGUUGAUGACCCCAUUGAGGCUUCUCCUCCCACUGCUCGCCCUCACAUGUACAAGUCAGCUACAGCAACCGGUGUGCCUACAGGCUCUCCUCCCCGACGCGACCUUCCCCGGACAUCUACCAUGCCCGUUGAGGGUGGCCACAGCGGUCGCUACGCGCCAGGCAUCGCCAGAGCUCAAACUUUCAGCGGUGCCUAUCCCGAGUUGGACCCCCGUGGCCGAGGCCGUACCAGGCACCAGGCCCAAAUCCCUGAGAGUGAUUCUGAGGACGAGUACGAGCGUCAGCGACGAGAGCGCAAGGCUCAUCGCAGUAGCAAGAAGCACGGCCCCGAAGCGCGUGGCGAACAUGUGAUGCAAUACCGAGUUGAUGGCGGCCGUACAACGCUCCAGAACUCCUAUUCGCGCUCCGCUGAACCCACUGAUGCCUACGGAUACUACGCUGAUCACACUGCUGCCCGCGCCGGUGAGCGUCCUUCCAUGCCUGCUCGCGACACUAGCUACUCUGGUGGCUAUGGAGGCGUUCAAUACUCCAAAGUCAAGACCUCGAAUUACAGCGACGUGCAGUUUAGCCAGUACCCCUACCGCGAAGCCUAUGCUGCCUAG